UGCGAUGCCUUCGUCUUCGUCUUGCGCACUGCGUGCCGUCUACGGAGGGACUACGGAAUAGCUGCUCGGUACAACUGCCGAACGCAUGAACACUCUUGCUUGAGCAGCUGACGGCAGCGUAUACGCCGAGUGGCAUAGUAGUACAAGCAGUUGUAAUUCGGGCUUUGAAUUUUGUGCACGCGUUGUAGGCGUAUAUAGUCGUUCAAAAUGAGCCUCGGCAGCUUGGUUACUUUCGACAAACUUGACGCAGCAGCUCAGCAGCUGAUUCGCGAGGGGUUACAAGCUCGUACUUUUUCGUACUCUCCGUACAGCAAGUUUGCGGUGGGCUCAGCGCUAAGAUGUGCUGACGGCUCCAUCCGCACUGGCUGCAACGUCGAAAACGCCUCGUUCUCUGCCUCCAUCUGCGCCGAACGUUGCGCCCUGACCAAAGCCAUCAGUGAGGGUCAACAGGAUUUUCACUCCAUAAGUGUCGUUGCUAACAGCAUCGACGGCCGGCUAACAACGCCCUGCGGUGUCUGCCGACAGAUGCUCUGCGAAUUCGGUGACUUUCCGGUUUACGUGACAGACCCCGGUAUGAAGGACGUGCUGGUCACCACGACGCACGAGUUGUUGCCUUACGCUUUUCGCAAAGGCAGCAAAAAUAAUUUUAUAUCGGAUAACGCGAGUUAAGCGGGCUUUAUUUCUUUUAUGUGCAAAGAAAGAUGUUUUUGGAAAACUGUAUCUGGUACCAGACAAUCGAAUCAAUUGAUAUUCAGAGAUAUUCAAAACGUUAUGAAGAUUUUAUGUGCUGAUGUGCAAUAAACUUUCAGAGCAAUCUUUUAUAAUCGUAAAUUUUAGCUAUAAUGAAACUCAUAAGAAUCUUCUUAAAAAAUAAAUAAAUAAAUGAUAAUGAAUAACCGUAAGAAUUUGAAAUUUGCCGUAAAUGCAUAAUGCUAAUUAACGCUAGGCAAUAAGGUAACAAAAAGAGAACGACCAUUUUUUAAGCGGGAAUGCUUUAUUAUCUUAUACAUGUAGUUUAAGCUUUAUGAGCGUUUUUAUGUUCUAUAUUUACAAUGUAAUUGUCUCGUAUUUCUAUAGUAUACUGCCAGUAUAUUGCUGGCGGCUCAUCGCAAUCGGAUUCGAAAAACACACUCGCGCGCGAGAGGCUACUACAUCCAUUUGUACUCACAUUCGCUCAAAUAUUUACACGCUCAAUGUAAUAACCAGGAACUGUGUAAAACGACACCCAUUCUCGAGAGUCCGCACGAACACUUAUGCAUAGAUAAUUAAAGUAUAUACUCGUAUGCUCGGCAGAAUACACGUUUCAACAAAAUGCAAAAUUCCUUGUUUUAUUUUUUGGUUUGUCUUGUAUUAAAGGCCUACUUAAUUGGAGUUUAGCUUGUUAAAAUUGGCUUGUCGUUUACCAAAAUGGACACCUGAAACAAAAGAGCAAGAUGUCUGUAGUAAAUUUGAUAAUCUAACGAUGGACGGUGAUAAUGAAAUUUUUUACAGAAACUAUCUAGUUUCAUUACUUGUACAGAGCAUUAAAUAAAUUGUGCAACAUUUUAUAAAAAUUGGA